AUGAACCAAAUUGAAUUGUUCCCUAAUUGUAUGUGUUUGCAGAUUGUAAGUAAUGGUGUGUAUAAGAGCAUAGAGCAUUGUGCAACAGUGCAGUCAAACAAGGAGAGGUUAUCGGUGGCCACAUUCUACAGCUCCAGUAUGGGUGCGGAAUUAGGCCCUGCAAAAAGCCUCGUUGAACAACAUAAUGUAGCAAAGUUCCCACGACUCACCCUUGAGGAAUAUUACAAGGGCUUUUUUGAUAAAAAGCUUGAGGGUAAGUCAUACUUAGAGUUUAUGAAACUUGAAGAUUUAAAUGAAAAUGUUAUAUAG